AUGCAAAAGGAUGAACUUUUUGGUGGAAAAGUAGUUGUACUUGGUGGUGAUUUUAGACAAACAUUGCCAGUUGUUCCCAAUGGAAGCAAACAUGAUACAAUUGCUGCUUUUUUGACUAACUCUUACCUGUGGCGAACACUGUGUCUUCUACAAUUAGAUGAAAACAUGAGGGCGUUACUAGAUCCAAUUUUUACAGACUUUCUUCUACGAUUAGGUGAUAGUAAUGAAAAUUCAGAUGAGGAUGAUGUUACUCUUCCAAAACAAAUUGUUAUAGAAGAAAGUGAAGAAUCAAAAGGAUUACUUACUCUUAUUGAAUAUGUUUACCCAAAUAUUUCUCAACAUUACACAAUUAUACCUUCCUCAAUGAACCGAGCUAUCUUGACAACGAAAAAUGCUUUUGUUGAUCAGAUCAAUGAAAUGUUAAUACAAAAAUUCCAAGGUGAGGAGAAAGAGUAUAUUAGUUUCGAUGAAACCCUUUAUCCAAAUGACCAAGGUUAUUAUGAGGAUCUUCUGCAUUCUUUAACACCAAAUGGAAUGCCACCACAUAGACUAAUUUUAAAGCAAAAUGCACCUAUAAUAUUACUGAGGAACAUGAAUCCAAUAGAAGGAUUGUGUAAUGGUACAAGACUCUUUUGCAAGAACUUUAAUAGGAAUGUUAUCCGGGCAAAGAUAGCAUUUGGUGAUUAUGCUGGGAAAGAGGUGUUUAUUCAUAGAAUUCCAUUACAACCAGCUACAGGAGAAGGCUACACAGUGCCAUUCAAAAGAACACAAUUUCCAAUCAAACUAUGCUUUGCGAUGACUAUAAAUAAAUCACAAGGACAAACACUAGACAUUGUGGGCGUAUACCUUAAAGAACCUAUAUUUUCACAUGGACAACUAUACGUUGCCAUGUCCCGUGCUAGAAGAAUUGAAAGUGUUAAAGUGGUUAUAAAAAAAUCAGAAAAAAAAUCCAAAUUGCAAAAAGACAAAAAAUAUUGUAUAUCAAGAAGUAUUACAAUGUUCUAA